UCCCGGCUGUGGGAGGGAAGGGAAACCGAGAUUGGGCAGAAUCAGCGCCCCACCACCCGCUGCGGCGCUCGGGGGUCGGGGGGGUGGGGUGGGUAGGUCUGUGGGCCCCGCCCUGCCGCAGGACUCUCAAGCUCUGGGACUGGGUGGAGGGAGGUAAGGGGGUGGGAAAUCCGUGCAGUCGCACAUGCGCAAAGGCUCUUCACUGUCCCAAGACCCUGGCUUCCUGGCCAAAGAGCCCGCGCAGCGAGGUGGGGUUGGGGGCUGGGACCCAGCUCCAUGCCCCGCCACAUGGCUCUCUGGGAAGAAUCGGACCUGUCACCCUCAAAGGACUGGCCGCUAAAUAACUUCGGUAUUGAGAGCUGUGAGAGCCUCAAAGGGAGGGCCCAGACCAGCUGGAGUCUCUACCCCCAGACAGGAUAAAGGGCAGGACUUGGGGUCAUAGGAGGAGGAGGCUAACAUGAAAACAACUUAGGUUGGAGAGAAAGAGGGGCCAAUCCAAUCUGCACCCUCCCUGUGUCUGUCCCGAGUAGGUGCUGUCCCCCUCUCCCUUCCUUUGCCCACCAAUUGGAGGGACACUCUGGAAAGCUCAGUUGAAGAAAGCGGAGAGUCUGCGUGUACACAGUGCAAUGAUGUCAGUUAAUGCACUAGUGAGGGCAUGUGUUGUUCACGGGGUACACAGAAGAAGGAACCACCAGCCCUUGGGACACUUAGGCAUUGGUGUAGACAAGGGAACAUUUGAGUCCUGGAGGAUGGAUAGGUCCACGGAGCGGAGGGAGGAGAAAAGGAUUCCAGUCUUAGCGAUCAGCAUCAGCAAAGGCUUCGAGGUGCCAGAGGCAUAGUGAGUUCUCCGAUCCCUGGCUGGUGGAGGGAAGCUGGGAAGGGCCUGGCUGUCCAGGGUGGUGGGAGGAGGCUAGAGUAGCCAGACCAGAUAUUUUGGGUUGUCUCUGAUGGGCAGUGGGGUGUGGGGGGGAGGUAGAUAGGUAUUUAAGAUGGAAUUCUGCUAGACAGGAAAAUAUAGUUCAGUUCCUCAUAGUUCAGGCUGGAGCAAGUAAGAUUCCAGUUUUACCACUGAAUCUCUGAGCCUGUCUCCUCAUCUGUAAAAUGGGAACAGCAAUCCUAGCUCAGAGACUUGUCAAGGCCACUGUGCUAUCGGGCCUGGCGGAAUGGGAGUGAGAGGGGCUCAGAGGGACUGUUACAGGACAUGAGGUGACGAUGGUGGGGUGGCAAGGCAGGAGCUGAUGGAGACUCACUGAGAAGUGGAGAAGCAAGAUUCAUCACAGAUGGGACAUAAAGGGAGAUGGAGGGGCAGGGGGUAGUCCUGGUCUCGGCCUGGGGGGGAAGGGCUUCAAUGGGAGGAAGCCAGGGUGUGAAGUGACGAUGGAGGGGCAGGGGGUAGUCCUGGUCUCGGCCUGGGGGGGAAGGGCUUCAAUGGGAGGAAGCCAGGGUGUGAAGUGACGGGGGAGGUAUAGUGUGACACCAGAGGGUACUGAGAAAGACCUGGGAGGCAGGAUGGCGGCUAGGACUAAAUCCUCUCUCCCAGAGAAGGCCAAGCCUCCUAGAGCCAGAGAAGGAGGCAGAGGAGGGACAGCAAAGGGAGGAAGAGAUGGGAGGAUGCCGUGUGAACAAAGCCAAGGCGGGGAGGAGAAGAAGUUAUUAUCAGGGUGGGGGUGGGCUGAGGGCAUGGUUCAAGGCCUGAUGUCUUUGCCUCCUAAUGCCAGGGGUCUUGCUGGCUGGGUCAGGCCACUCACAGGAAUGGGCCAUAAUCCUUGGUUGACAAUAAAUGGACAAAGCAGCUGUGUGCGGUGGCUCAUGCCUGUAAUCCCAACACUUUGGGAGGCCAAGGUGGGCGGAUCACGAGGUCAGGAGUUCGAGACCAGCCUAGCCAACAUAGUGAAACCCCGUCUCAACUAAAAACACAAAAAAUUAGCUGAGCGUGGUGCGGGCACUUGUAAUCUCAGCUACUCGGGAGGCUGAGGCAGAAGAAUCACUUGAACUCAGGAGGCAGAGGUUGCAGUGACAAGAGAAUGUGCCACUGCACUCCAGCCUGGGCAACAGAGUGAGAUUCUGUCAAAAAAAAAAAAAUGGAUAAAGCAGAUUGACUCUCCCUAAUAGCUGCUGUUGGUAGAGAUAGUCUCUCAAGAGCCAGGCAUGGUGGUUCACAUGGUGGUUCACAAAGUGCUGGUAAUCCCAGCACUUUGGAAGGCUGAGAUGGGAGGAUCGCUUGAGGCCAGCAGUUCGAGACCAGCCUGAUCAAUAUAGCAAGACCAGGACAGGCCGGGUGGCUCACGCCUGUAAUCCCAGCAUUUUGGGAGGCCAAGGCAGGUGGAUCACGAGGUCAUGAGUUCAAGACCAGCCUGGCCAACAUACUGAAACCCCGUCUCCACUAAAAUAAAUAAAUACAAAAAAAUAUAUAGCAAGACCCCACCUCUAAAAAAAAAAAAAAAAAAAAAAAAGGCUGGGCACGGUGGUUCACGCCUGUAAUCCCAGCAGUUUGAGAGGCCAAGGCAGGCAGAUCUCUUGAAGUCAGGAGUUCAAGACCAGCCUGGCCAAUAUGGUGAAACCCUGUCUUUACUAAAAAUUCAAAAAUUAGCUGGGCAUGGUGGUGUGCACCUGCAAUCCCAGCUAGUCUGGAGGCUGAAGCACGAGAAUCACUUGAGCCUGGGAGGCGGAGGUUGCAGUGAGCCAAGAUUGCGCCACUGCACUCCAGCCUAGGCAACAGCGAGACUACAUCCCAAAAAAAAAAAAAAAAGUCUCAAAAUAGUGCGAUCCAUGGAGGAAAAUCAGUCCAAGUUCGGCAAGCAUUUGUCGGUAUCCUGUAUGACCUAGGCCUUGGGUACUUCAAGAUCAAACAACAAAUGUCUGUAGGUCAUUCCCAGGUCAGCAGGGAGCCAGGUGGGUCAGCAGGGAGACAGUCACAUUAGGAGUUAGGGCUUCAGUAGGGAGCCAGGUGGGUCAGCAGGGAGACAGUCACAUUAGGAGUUAGGGCUUCAGUAGGGAGACAGGUGGGUCUCAGGUGAUGUCAAGAGAUCUUGGUCAGAGCUAGGCCUGAAGAAGAUUCUGGUAUCUCUGCUCAGGAAUCAGGGGACCAGGAAGGGCCAUGAGACUACACUGGUGUUGCACUAUGGUGGUGGUGUUGGUGGGAGGGUGUAGAGGCGGGGCUUGUCCUGGAAAGUUGGAUCUCAGGGUCAAGGUAAGGGGAGAGGGGCAGGGAGGCUCUCAGCACUUUGUGCUCUGGGUUCAGAGGGGACUGGAGGGUAGAGUAUGGAAGCAGGGAGCUCUGAUCCUGGGUUCUGCAGGGCCAAAGCAGGAGGCAGAAGGCUGGACUUAGUAAGUGGUAAGGAUGGUGAGAGAAAUAUUCAGCAGUCAGACUGGAAAGGACUUGUCUGCAAGCUGGGUGUGGAGUAUCAGCAUCAAUCCUAGGUUUUUCUGCCUGGUUAGGUGGGGAAGCAGAUUUGAGAGAAAUACCUUAGUUUGGAUAAACGGGGUCUGAACUCGCCUCGGAUUUGCCGGGGCUGGAGCUCAGGACGUCCUGGUUGGGGAGGGCAUUCAGAGAGUAGAUGCCAGUCCUGGGAAAGGCAGGGGAGGAGAGGAGAGCCACGGCUGACGCUUGGGGACAGAAGGAGGAGCCUGAGGAGGAGACAGGACAGAGCGUCUGGAGAGGCAGGAGGACACCGAGUUCCCCGUGUUGGCCUCCAGGCCCUGUGCUUGCGGAGCCCGUCUGGCGGCUGGGAUCGAGCCCCGACAAUGGGCAACGCGCAGGAGCGGCCGUCAGAGACUAUCGACCGCGAGCGGAAACGCCUGGUCGAGACGCUGCAGGCGGACUCGGGACUGCUGUUGGACGCGCUGCUGGCGCGGGGCGUGCUCACCGGGCCAGAGCUACCGGGACCGCAGCUAUGACCCUCCAUGCCCAGGCCACUGGACGCCGGAGGCACCCGGCUCGGGGACCACAUGCCCCGGGUUGCCCAGAGCUUCAGACCCUGACGAGGCCGGGGGCCCUGAGGGCUCCGAGGCGGUGCAAUCCGGGACCCCGGAGGAGCCAGAGCCAGAGCUGGAAGCUGAGGCCUCUGAAGAGGCUGAACCAGAGCCGGAGCCGGAGCCGGAGCCAGAGCCAGAGCUGGAACCCGAGGCUGAAGCAGAACCAGAGCCGGAACUGGAGCCAGAACCGGACCCAGAGCCCGAGCCCGACUUCGAGGAAAGGGACGAGUCCGAAGAUUCCUGAAGGCCAGAGCUCUGACCGGCGGUGCCCCGCCCAUGCUGGAUAGGACCUCGGAUGCUGCUGGGAGCUGAAUCGGAUGCCACCAAGGCUCGGUCCAGCCCAGUACCGCUGGAAGUGAAUAAACUCCGGAGGGUCGGAUGGGACCUGGGCUCUCUC